AUGGCUACUCUAAUGGUACGUGGUUUUGUUCAAAUAUGGAGCAAGAAGAAAGGGAUGUCUAGCUCCAGAGAAGCAUACAUUGAAACAGUGGAAGGAAAGAAGAAGAUUAGACUGGUGGUCUAUUUCACCAAUGGAGAAUAUCUAACUUUUCAGCUAAGUAAUAAUAUUAAAAGUGUGGUCCUUAGAUCCUAUGGAAAAAAGCAAAAUCACCUGCACUUAACUUUCCAAAAUAAUAACUUCUUGUUUAUUGAACGAUUAUCUUCCAAAGAUGCUAAAGAGUUGAAGAUGUUCCUGGAUAGAGUCCAUCAAAAUAAUACUCAGCCACCCAUGAGACCUGUUACGGAUGGAGGUAUCUUUGCUAGCAUGACAACACCAAAGGAAAUUAACAAAAACUUCCACAGAGAAUGCAAGAAGCCAGGUAGUGGAUCUUUUGAGACAAGAGAAGGAAGUGGAACACCUGACCUUCAGAAGAUGCCUUUGUUUACAUCAAAGUCAUCAAGACUUAUUUGCAAAGAUUUACCAGAGAGUGGAGAUGGGAAGAAGAAAAAGAUGCUAUCAUCUGGCUCAGAGAUGAGUGGGAAAAUACCAAAAAAGAGUAACUCUGUGAGAAAGAAGAAAUCCCAGACAAACCCCUUGAGGUAUGUAAGUCAUGACGAGAAGAAAAAACUGAGGUUAAAACUCUUAAAAAAGAAUCAGAAAUUAGAAUUUGAGCCCUUACUCAAGUCCAUUUCUCCUGGAGAGCCUUGCCUAGAUGGCAAAAGUCUUCUUCAGAUGCUCUCUGAGAAAAUAUAUUUGACAUUUCUGUUGGAACCAAGGUAUAAUGCAGAUGACCCAGAGUGGGACAAACUCAAGAUGACCUUCAACUUCUACCCAGAGAAACUAUGGCAAGGCCUCCCCAAUUUGGGAAACACCUGUUACAUGAAUGCCGUUUUACAGUCUUUAUUUUCCAUUCCAUCAUUUGCUGAUGAUUUAUUCAGCCAGGAUUUCCCGUGGGGUAAAAUUCCCCUUGAUGCUCUUAGGAUGUGCUUGGCACAGCUGUUUGUUUUGAAAAAUAUUUAUAACAUAAAAAUCAAGGAGAGGUUACUUGUAAAUAUUAAAAAGGCCAUUUCAACAGUUGCAGAGAUAUUCUCUGGCAAUAUACAAAAUGAUGCUCAUGAGUUUUUAGGUCACUUUUUGGAUCAGAUGAAAGAGAACAUGGGGAAAAUAAACACACUUUGGAAAAUGAAAAUUGAAUCUGAGCAGGACAAUUCAGCUCAACAGGUCUUUGCUGGCAGUGGUACCACCAGAGUACUCAUUUGUCCCAUCAUCACUAAUUUUGAGUUUGAGUUGCUGCGCUCUAUUAUUUGUCAAGCAUGUGGUCAGGUAAUUUUGAAGACGGAAGUGAGUAAUUAUCUAUCCAUCAGUCUACCCCGGGGAAUGAAAGCACUUCCUUUGUCUAUUCAGUCAGCCUUUGAUCUCUUCUUCGGAGCAGAAGAACUUGAGUACAGAUGUGAGAAAUGUCAGCACAAGAGUUCUGUUGCAGUGCACAAAUUCAGUAGGCUCCCCAGGGUUCUUAUUGUUCACCUGAAACGUUAUAUCUUCAACGAGUUUUGGUCGCUAAGGAAGGAUGAUCAGGAAGUUGUUAUUUCCAAGUAUCUAAAAUUAUCGUCUCAUUGUAAUGAAAGUACGAAACCACCUUUUCCUGUGAGCAAGAACGCGCAUAAUAGGGACUUCCAAAUCCUAAAACUCUUUCAGAAAAUGAGUGCUGGCACCAUCUGUCCAUCAGCAGCUUCAUCAAAGUUGGCUUCGGCAUCCAGUGAUUCCCCAGUUCCGCAUGCUGGAUCAGGAAAAGGGUCUGAACCACAGAAAUGCCAGAUUUUCUAUGACGGGUCCAGCAGAGAACAACAGAAAAAGGACCUAGGCAAAAGCUCUGAACAGAAUAUAACAGAGUCCAAAUUGCUGAACUUAGGAAAUGGAGCACUCAUUGAAAAAGAGCUAUUUGCUGGCUUAAUGAUGGAUCUGGAAGCAGUGUCCCCUUCUCUGAUCCAUGACAAAGAUGGUAAACCCACCAGUAGUCCAGAAAUACACCUGGCUGAAGCCUAUCUUCAAGAAGCAUCUGAAAAUCUAAAGCAAAAGAAAUACGACAAAACUGACAUGUUUGUAGAUUUUGAGAGUGUUGCUAAGAUCCUCGAAGACUUUUUUGAAGGUAAAAAACCCAAAAUUUCAAAAAAAACAGAAUUCCAAAAAGCAGCUGAACGGACACAGCAGCAUGAAGCAAUGAGGAUCUACGAACAAGCCCUUCAGCAGGCACUGCUUCAGAUCCUUUUGAAGCCAGAUGCUCAGUGGUACAUGCAGAACCUCAGGAGACCCACAAACCUAGGUCCCCAGCAGGCCAGAGUAAAUUCCCAAGGUGCAUCGUGUUCCACUGAAAACCCUGGAAACAAUAAAGUUUUAGAUACGGAGAAGACAGAAACUAAAGCCAAGAAAUCAAAAAGAAAUGCGAAGGUGAAUGAUCGCUAUGCCUAUCGGCUCAUUGGUGUUGUCAGCCAUCUGGGGAAGACCCCAAAUUCAGGCCAUUAUAUCAGUGAUGCCUAUGACUUUGAGAGGCAAGUGUGGUUCACAUACAAUGAUCUCCAGGUAUCAAGUAUCCAAGAAGCUCUGAUGCAGGAGGCCAGACUUUGCACCGGGUACAUCUUCUUUUACAUGCACAAUGAGAUAUUCGAAGAGCUGUUGGAAAGGGAAGAGAACUCCCAGUCUCGGAGCACAGAAACAAGGGAGAUCCCUCAGGAGAAAUAA